CCGGGCAAUUUUAACUUUUUAACUUUUUGUCAUACUAAAUCGAUUGGUGGUUGUUUGGUGGUCAUUGGUGGCCUAAUAACGACAUUUGGUGGUCAGUCAUUCUUUUAUAAUCAAAUAAUCAAAAUUUGACCGUGAAGUUAGCCGAAAUUUUUUUUUUUCAACGAAUUAAGUUUUUUAGGUGCUCAAUCGAUGCGUAAUCGUUUGGUGGUAACGAAUAUAAUAAUUCAAAUGUUUGGUGGUCGCUAGUUUUCGUAAAAAAUUUAAAAAACGAUUGCAGUGUCCAGCAUUGACUGGAUAUGGGUGUAGGAACACACAUUUACGGUCGAUAAAACAGAUAUUUCUGAACAGAUUCUCCCUUCGAAAGAAUUAAUCAAUGCAAGAACGCUAGCCGAUGAUUGGUAGUCGAAUUAAAACAUUUGGUGGUCAUCAAUUAAUGCACGAGGUAUGAAAAGUCAUACCUCCGCUACACGGCGAGCACCAAAGGCUGUGAUUGGCUGAGAAAUGGAUACAGGGGUAUCGUGUCGAAACACAUUUUACGUGAUAAAACUUAUAAUUCUAAACCGAUUUUGCUCGGCAUGGUCCUGUUCAAAGCAGAAACAUUAGCCGACGAUUGGUAGUCUAAUUAAAACAUGAAAAAAAAAAUAUCGGUUAACUUCACGGUCAAAUUUUGAUUAUUUCAUUAUAAAAGAACGACUGACCACCAAAUGUUUUUUUAGGCCACCAAUGACCACCAAUCGAUUUGGUAUGAUAAAAAGUUAAAAAGUUAAAAUUGCCCGGCUAACUUCACUGAGGUGUAGAACGGGUAUAAGUUAACCUUUUUGGCACAUCUCAUUGGAGGAGGCCGCCAUAAGGGAACGAAGGAAGGAAGGAAUAUUAACCUUCUGCAUACAAUCUUUCUUUUCUAAAGUGACAAACCUCUAUCCAGGGAAUUACUAUUGCGAAAAUGGUUAAAGUUGAGGCGAAGAAACGAACGGUUUCCAAGAAGACGAAGCGGUCUUGGAGAAAACAUAUUGAUAUAAAAGAUGUCGAUAAGUUUUUGGAAAAUAAGCGUCUCGACGAACGGCUUGGAACGCCUUUUUCGGAAAGGUUAGACUCUGAACUCUUUGUCAUUGAUAAUGAACGGAAUAAUGAACCUGUUGGAACAUUAACCACAAAGAAGGAACGUCGUCUUGCCUUGAAACAAAAAGAGCCACGAUGUUUUGCUAUCCUAAAACCACAUACAGCGGUUCCUGAUCCGAUUGCCAAGAGAAAUCGUGUGAAAACGCCUGAAGAACGGAAGAAUCCUAUCACAAGACUUAAGGAAGCUAAGAGGAAAUUGAAUGGUCAAUUAAAGUUGAAGGAAAAGAUUGCAGAAAGAAACAAGGCUAUUGCAGAAUCUAAAAGAAAAUCAAGAUUUAAAAGAGGUGAUUUUACAACUGAUAUCUGGGAAGACAAACCUGUGACACAAUCAGAACUAAAUAGUGAAUGGCUGAUAUCUGAUACGAUUAGGCACACUUUGGCAAACACAGGUCAAAAGCGUAAAAGGGUGCCAGAAAUUCUUUAUAAAAAGCCAUCUAUUCUACCAGCUGUAGAAGCUCCACAUCCUGGUACAUCUUAUAAUCCAUCCUAUAAUGAUCAUCAGGAAUUAUUAAUUGCCAUUGCGGAGAAGGAAAAGAAAUUAAUUAAAGAGGAGGAACACUUGAAAAGGGUUACUACAAAAAUGUUUACUAAGGUAACAACAGAGAAGAAAACUGAAAAUUGGAUAAAUGAAUUAUCAGAAGGUUUACCAGUAAAAUCCAACAAAAAUUCUGAAGACUCGAAUGUAGAAGAUACUGAUCCUGUAGUUAAAUCAGUAAAUCCGCCAGUUAAAAAUGCAAAGAAAACAUUGGUACAAAGGCGAAAACAGAAAGAACAAAAACAAUUAGCUCUUAAACAAGCUAAGGAGAAACUAGAAAAGAAAAAAGUUGCAGAUGUAUAUAAACUUCGAUUGCUUGAGAAACAGCUUACUUCCAAAGAAUUAAAAGCAAAAAAGUUGAGAGAAAAACGAAUGAAACUUAAACAACGAAAGAUGACUGAGCCUAAAACUUUAAAUAAAAGAAAGUUUGAGGCUCCAGAACCUGAUUUUCAAAUGGCAAAUGAGCUUGCAGGUAGUCUAAGAGCUAGUGCACCAGUUGGAAACCUACUUAAAGAUCGUUUCAAAUCUCUGCAACAAAGAAAUAUUCUAGCACCUAGUGCUCUAAUAUUAAAACGUAACAAAUUAAAGGUAAAAAGAUUUAUAAAGCCUGACCACAAAAUUCCAUUACAAUAAUUCAACUGCUGAGAUCUUUGUGACUUGAUGGAACGUUACUUUGCCCGCAUAUUUUUCAUUGAGGUAUAUAUGUAUCAUUGCAAAAAAAUAAUGUAGCUUAAUAAAUACGGGAUAUAUUUUUAAACUUUAUAAA